AUGACGCUCUACUACAGCCUCGUCUUCCUCCUUCUCGUCUUCGAGAUGGUGGUCUUUAUGGGCCUCAUCGUCCCUCUUCCUUACGCAGUGAAGAGAAAGCUUUUCGCUUUCAUUUCGGAGAGCCCUCUAAUAGCAAAACUACAGUAUGGGUUGAAGAUCACGUUCAUUUUCAUCCUCAUCCUCUUCAUUGACAGCGUCAACCGGGUUUACCGUGUGCAGCUUGAAAUGGCCGCCUACUCCAAGGACACUACCGGUGUUGGAGCCGCUGCCCUUGGUACUGAGCGCAUGGAAGUCCAGGCCCGGAAAUUCUACUCGCAGCGAAACAUGUACCUCUGUGGCUUCACGCUGUUCCUCUCUCUCAUCCUGAACCGUACCUACAUCAUGAUCCUUGACGUCCUCCGUCUCGAAGACCGCGUCAAGCUCCUCGAAGGCGACAAGAAGGCUGGUGGUAAGGACGCCGCCCGUGUUGCCGAAGCCGGAAGCGUGGGCGAGAUUGGCCGUCUUAGGAAGGAGCUCGAGGCCAAGGACCGAGACAUUGAGACCUUGAAGAAGCAAACCGAGGGCCUGCAACGCGAGUACCACAACUUGGGUGACAAGGUCUCUGGAUCUGACAGCGCCCCCAAGAAAGACCGAUGA